AUGGCGGCCAACUUCAAGCUCAUUUACACCAGUGCUUUUCUUCUUGCAAUUAUCUUUUCUCAUGGAAUUAUUUCCACUGAGGAAAGGUUGCUGAUGAUCAGGACCCAAAUAAACAAGAAAUGUGAUGAAAACUAUCUGAGCAUUUGUGAGAACAACGUCGGGGGACAAACGGGAAGGAACGUCCUGCGCCGUGGCAUUUUAGAUGAUCAUGAAGUUGCAAUCCCUGGCGUUGGCAAUGUUGAAUCAAACAGUACUGAUGAUUUCCGACCCACUGAACCAGGCCACAGUCCCGGUGCCGGACAUGCUAAAGGGCCUCGAAGCGCAGAUCCAAAGCAGUAG